AUGCUGACGAAAUUGCUUCUUGUAGCCAUGUUGGCUGUUGGCUCUUUUGCCAACAUGUACAAACUGAAGGAAGAAGACAAGGAACGCUUUAGGACAGCUAUCGGUAACACCUGUGAAGAUAACGGUGCUGGAGACAAGAAAGAACAAGCAGUUGCUGCCCUGGAGCCCUUCUUCGUCUGUUUCCAUGACAUCGUCGAUGUCGUCGCAGUGGAGCUUGAAAUUAAAGCAGCCAAGUCCGCAGACACACUGAACAACGUCUUCAAAAAGUACUGCGACAAAGCCCCAGAAUUGAAAGGUUGUGUGUCUUCUUUCUUUGAUGCUGUCUACCCUUGCUUACCAGCAAGCAGCCGGGACCAUCUUGCUGCUGACAAAGAGGCUACAGGCAACUUCGGGGACUACCUAUGCAACGACAAUGCCAAAAAUUUAGUUUCAUAUAUCACAGAUGGCAGCAGGGACUGUUUUAAUGAGAGGGAUGGUUACAUUGGUGAAUGUGUCAACAAGCUCCGGGAGGGCAUUGACGUCGAGGAAGAACAGAAACAUCUCUCGGUGAAGGCAUUCUGCAACAGACUGGUCUCCUUCAGCACUUGCGCAGCUCAAAACAUGGAGCUGUGCACGUCUCCAACGCACAACAAACUGAUGGACGAAUUCAACAAAUACCUAAGCAACAGUACACCUUGCAGGGAUUGGGUAAAUAUAAAGCUUUACUACUACGCAGCUUAUAUCACCCGCCCCUCAUCAGGCCCACAGCUGGGAAGCUCGACUCUUCUUAAGAGGAGCUUAUGGGGGGGGGCCCAUGCCCAAGCCCCCAAAGGGCUUGAAAAUACCGUAGUAUAUGUUAAAUACAUAAUGCUUGUUGCUUUAUGA